AUGAUCAAACGUUUGGUGGAAGAUGUGCGAGCCAGGCUGCGUUCUGGAGUGACUAUCAACUCACUGGGGCAGUGUGUUGAGGAGCUUGUCCUCAAUAGCAUCGAUGCCAAAGCAACAUGCGUAGCUAUCAGGGUGGAUUUGGAAGCUUUUAAGAUCCAGGUGGUAGACAACGGCUCCGGGAUGGGGAGAGAGGACUUAAAUGCAAUGGGGAAGCGGUACUUCACCAGCAAGUGCAGCUCACUGGGAGACUUGGAGAACCUGACGUUCUACGGCUUUAGAGGGGAGGCUGUGGCAAGCAUAGCCAACAUGGCCAGCGUAGUGGAAGUUUCAUCUAAGACCAGCAGGACAGCAAAAACAUUUGUGAAACUAUUUCACAAUGGGCAAGCGCUGGAAGUCUGUGAAGCUGAAUUGAGCAGACCAAGUGGUGGAACUACAGUGACCGUGUGUAAUCUGUUCCAUCAGUUACCGGUGAGGAGAAAGUGUAUGGAUCCUGUGUUGGAAUUUGAGAGAGUGAGACAGAAAGUAGAGGCUGUUUCGCUGAUGCAUCCCUCUGUUUCACUUUCUUUAAGGAACGACACUUCUUGUUCUAUGGUGCUUCAGCUCCCUAAGACAAGAGAUGUAUACUCUCGGUUUUGUCAAAUUUAUGGACUGGGCAGAUCGCAGAAGUUACGAGAAAUAAAUCAUAAGUCUGGGGGAUUUGAGCUAGGUGGUUAUAUCAGUAUUGAAGGACAUUACAACAAGAAUAUGCAGUUCUUGUAUGUGAAUAGAAGGCUUGUUUUAAAGACAAGACUACAUAAACUAAUUGAUUUUUUAUUAAGAAAAGAAAGUGUCAUUUGCAAGGCCAAAAGUGGCCCUGUGAGCAGACAGGCUAGUUCAAGUCCUGGUCGCCAUCGGUGUGGCCCAGAGUUGUACGGGAUCUUUAUUCUCAACGUGACUUGUGCGUACAGUGACUAUGAUGUGUGUCUGGAACCUGCAAAGACUCUAAUUGAGUUCCAGAACUGGGAUGUUCUUCUAACUUGCAUAGAGGAAGGAGUGAAAACAUUUUUGAAACGAGAACAUUUAUUUAUUGAACCGUGUAGUGAGGACAUCAGAGAAUUUAAUGAAGAUAAUGACUUUUGUUUGUAUAACGCUCCCGUUCUGAAGCCCUCACUCUCUGACGAGAAGAGCAUCCAAGACAGUUUUAAGAAAGCACGCGAUGAAAUUGUGGAUUCCUAUGAAAUGUGUAACUUGCAAUCAAAAGAUGUCAAAAGGAAAUCCAUGACUGGAAAAAACCCUUCAAAUCUUUUAGAGUCAAAUAAAAAUCUACAGGAAACUGAAAUCGCCCCAAAUCAGAAGAUUGCUGAACCAUCUGAUCCAUGUAGAAACAACAAAGUGGAGAUUCCACUGCCCAGCAAAGAUGACACAGCUUCUGAUUUCAUUAUAUCAAAUAUCUCAGAGCAGGAGCCAAAAGACACUAGGAGUUCCCAAAAAGCGUCUGAUACUCAUCUGAAACCUUCAGAAAGUCUUCGUUCCUCUUUCAGUGGAGGGCCCAGAUCAGAAACAAGAAAAAUAGACAGUUGCGAUGACCUGCAGCAUUGUGCAGAGAAUUACAUAAGAGAUGUGGGAAGCCAGCAAGGCAAAGUAGUGCAGAAAAGCAAUACGGUCCAUGUCUUAAAUAAUGAUGUUAUUCAAUCGCCAUCUGAGAGAGAAGACCCUACUGAAACAGAAAUGAGACCUGAAACUGUCUCUGGAAGCUCAUUGAUGAGACUGUGUAAUGCAAGAAGAGGAGACAGGGAAACAGCUGAAGUGAUAGAUGAUGUUGGAAGAGGGGCUGUUAGUUCAAUACCAUCAAAAUUAUGCUCUACAGGCCUCAUAACAUGUGUUAUGCAAAAUGACCCCCGACAUGAACGUGAACAAACAGAAACAAAUCUUGUAUUGAACAUGCAGUGUAGAGCUGGCCCUGUCAAUGCCAAGGAUAUUUUUGGCCACAAAGUAAAUUUUCCGAUUCAGUCUUUAAAUGCUAAGGAUAUUUCCAGUAAUACAAAUAAGGAAUAUACACCUCCUUACACCAGAGAAGUAUGCAUGGCUGAUGGUAAUGAGUGGUUAGAAGACAAGAUUUUGUCAAAUCAGGUGAGUGAGGAGAUAGUUAUGCCUGUUGCCACCAGUAAAAGACAUUGUGAGACAUCGAAUGUUACACAAUUGCUGCUGGCAACUUCUUCAGGUGUUCCUCACGAUGAAGUUAUAAAAAGCACUAGAAGACAAAUAGCUGUGCCCAGAUCUCAGCCCUCUAAGAAGCUGAGCUUGUGCACACAGCUGGGUUCGUUAGAAAAGUUCAGGAGAUAUUAUGGGAGAGUCAAGUGUACACUGCCAACACCGUUGUCCGAGCGGAGAGAAUUUGGUCUCCCAGUUUUUAAUUCACAAGCUAAUUGUGACUUUUCAAAGAAUGAGAAUGACAAUCACAGUAGCUUGAGCACUUGUGAAACUCCAGCUUUGGAAGAUACAGUUUCUAAUAAUAGUAGCCAAGUUUUUGGUUCUUUGGAAGAGACUUUAUUCUGCAGUGGAGAAACUUCACAGGACAAACGAGCCCUUUGUCAGAGUCCUUUGACAUUGUCUGAUUACUCUCAGGUCAGUAAAAAAAAUACAGGUUGUAAAAGAUCUCCAGGAUCAUUAUCAUCCAAACUGUCCAGAAUGAAAAGUGACCACAAAGAAGUAGAGCAACCUGGUGAACAAUUCCAAACAGAUUCAAGUAGAAAAGAUGACUACUCGUUUGAUCUUACAUCUUCAAAUAAUGAUUUUUUGUACAAUGCUUGUCAAACAUAUAAUUCCUCAGUGGAAAAAAUGAGGGAAUGUAAUUACAGCAUUUCUAAGGGGGAUGCAUGCUGGCAAUCAGACAGUACGAGAGCAGAGUCCGUGAAAAGUACUGUUAGCCCAUCACCACUCAGCAGCAUAGAAGGCGAGUACACAGUCUCUUCAAGCAGUGUUUUAUCAUUACCUGCUAAAAAAGAUUGUGCUAACAUCAUCUGUAAAGAUAAAAGUAUGUUAGAUGAAUCCUCAGAACAAAAUUUGAAAGAUACUGAGGUUCCCCAUAUGACCUUCCCAAGUAACUGGGAAUUCUCUGCAGACAACACAAGCAGAGGCAAUCCCAGGAAUGAUUUGUGGUGUUCUGACUGGCUGCAAGAUUUUGAUGUUUCGUCGGGUAAGACAAUAUACAUCAAUAAAGCAACUGGACUGAGCACCUACAGCACUCCUCCUACUGAAGGAUUUCAGGCUGCCUGCAUUCAAGAUAUAACAACAAUGGCUGUGAAUGUUGUCUCAAAGAAUGGAAUUCAGUUCAAGUGUCAUCCCUUUAGAAGUGAGAUUGUGCUACCCUUCCUUCCUAGACCUCGAAAAGAGAAGACUCUAGCGAGCCGGGAUCUGAGAGAUGCUGAAGGAGUGUCUCUCCAGUCAUUGCUUUCAGAAUGGGAUAAUCCUGUUUUCGUUCCCUGCCCAGAGAUUGCUGUUGAUGUGACCAGCAGUCAGGCUGACAAUCUGGCUGUGAAAAUUCACAAUAUCUUGUAUCCUUAUCGUUUCACCAAAGACAUGGUUCAUUCAAUGCAGGUUCUUCAGCAAGUGGACAAUAAAUUUAUUGCUUGUUUAAUGAACACUAGGAAUGAAAUGGACAAAAAGGCAGAUGGAAACCUCUUGAUUUUGGUGGACCAACAUGCAGCUCAUGAACGGAUCCGCUUGGAGCAGCUUAUUGCAGAUUCCUAUGAGAAGGAAGCUGCAGCAUGUGGCAAGAAGAAAUUACUAUCCUCCUCCAUCUCUCCCCCUUUGGAGAUUGAAGUUACAGAAGAACAGAGAAGAUUUCUACGAUGCUGCUACAAAAAUUUGGAGGACUUGGGUCUUGAAUUAUCAUUUCCUGAGACCAACAGCUCCUUGAUUCUAGUGAGGAAAGUGCCACUGUGUUUUAUAGAAAGAGAAGCCAAUGAAUUACGACGGAAAAGACAACCUGUCACUAAAAGCAUUGUGGAGGAGCUUAUUCAAGAACAAGUUGAGUUAGUGCAGACCACAGGAGGAGGAGCACGAGGGACACUGCCUCUGACGUUUCUGAAGGUGUUAGCUUCCCAGGCCUGUCAUGGAGCUAUUAAGUUUAAUGAGCGUUUGACUUUGGAGGAGAGCUGCAGGCUUAUUGAAGCUUUGUCAUCUUGCCAGCUGCCCUUCCAGUGUGCUCAUGGAAGACCUUCCAUGAUGCCUCUUGCAGACACAGACCAUCUACAGCAGGAAAAGCAGGCUAAACCUAAUUUGGCUAGACUGCGGAAGAUGGUGCGAGCAUGGCACCUAUUUGGAAAAAAAAGACCUUAAUCAAAAAAAAGUUAAGUCUGUAAGCUGCAACCACUAGAAGUGUUGGUACACAACAAUUGUUGUUACACAAUACCUUGUGUGGAGCCAAGUUUCUGAGCCGGUGCGGUCACCAAAGUUCUGCUCCGAGUACUGACCUAAGAAGCAGAGACCAGCCAGGAGAACAUGGCAGGAGGAGCCCACCCUCGUAGCCUGGAGAAGUGUCUUCAACAUUAAGGAAUUACAUUGUAAACCUGCGCCUUAUGUCAGUGCUUGACUAUUGGAGGCAAGAAGUUGCAGCCACUCGCAGUUACUAAAGUGCUUUUUCUCUGCGAGCACAGCAUAAUUCUGCAUAAUAGAGUGGAGACUUUUAAUUAAUGAUGUAUUUUAUAGUGCUUUGAAAAUGGGGAGGUAUUUAUUAAUAAAAUUAACACUAAACUCUU